GUGACGUACCGGAAGCCCGAAGCGGAACUGAACGGCUUCCUCUCUCCCUUCCCGGCACAGCACCCCCAACCCCCCCACUGGCGCCUCCACGAUGUAGCCGUAAAACCUCAGGCGUCCCCGCCCUUUAGUGCAGGGCAGGAGGAGGCAGAAGAGGGGGAGGAAGACGAGGAGCAGCGGCUUGGCAGCGGCGCUCAGCAUGGAGUCCGAGGGGAGCAGAGAACUCAUCUUUCCUCCUCUUACGGAACCUGGAGAUGUCCCACUGCCCAAUUUGACCCCGAGGCACCAGGAGCUGAUCCCUACGCCCUGUGGCCCUAUAAAGCCAUGGUCAGAAUUGUCCUGUCCAGUCAAGGUCUAUUUCUGCAUCACGCUGGUGUCUCUCCUGAGCAUCAUCGGGUUAACCAUAAAGACCCUAGUGCAAAAGUCGGAUGAGAACUUCACUGUCUCUCUCAUUCAGCUUAUCAGCGUUGUGUUCUGCAUUUAUUAUGUGACCAGAGGAAUCCUUCAGGAGAAUCGCCAGGAGCUCAUCGUGUUCAUCCUCUCCAUCUUGCUGGUGAUGUUGCGAUCCCUGGUAAACUUUAUCGUGCUGACUGCGGGGGAGAAGCCUGCGAGGGAAGACCCUGUCAUCCUGGCCCGGUUCAUCGUGAUCCUGUUGGUGGGCUUCUUUGAUGUGAUCUGUGCUGUGAUCCUCAUCCGGACCCAGGGCAUGAUGGCCUUCCGAGUGGGCGGGGCCCUGGAGAGCCUGCAGGCUCAGUACUUCAUGCUCAACCUCUGCUUCUCCAUGCUGACGUUUGAUCUCCAAGCUCAGCUCUGUCUGUGUGUCCUGAUCCUGACGUCUGGCCUGUAUGCUUCCCUGCAGCACAGCCUCAUACUCAUCAUCGGCGUCCUCUGGGCCGGCCUCAAGGUGACCAUCGGCAUCUUGGCUAUUCUGCGGGAGCUGAAGGCCCUGGUUUGGAUUUUCCUGGUACAGAAUAUCCCUGAAGUGGCUUACCUCUUCUAUCUCCUCUACACGAUCAGCAGAGCAUGGGGCCAGGGCAGCUCCUACACCGGGGAGGCGGCCGCCAUCGUGGGCUCCUGCAUCUCUGUGGCCAUCAAGUCUGUCUUGCUCUGGGCCCUGGUCCACGUGUAUCGAAGUUUUGGCCAGGGUCUGAGAGAGAGAAUGUUUUCUUCCUAUGGAAGGAUUGAGUCGUGAGCAGCUCUGCAGGGCCAGGAAGCUUCCCCAAGGCCUUCAGGGCUGGGAUCAGAACCGGGCAGACACCCCCGCUUCCGCUUGUCGCUCACUCGCAGCAGCCCUCCUGGGAUGAUCACUCAUAAGCGUGGACUACAGCCCCCCAUCCUCCCUGCAUGUGGCAGUGACGUCCAUCAGCAGCUAGUCUGGUGCCAAAGCCCCAUCCAGAAAUGCCUUGGAGGAGCCUGGGCUCAGGCUUUGCCCCCUCCCCCGCCAGGCCAGGGCCAGAGAGCACGUCCUGGGGCAGGUAGUGCCAGGCCUCAGCCCUGGUGCCCUCCCACAUGGCCCGAGGGCCCAGCGCUUGUGGAGAGCAGAAGGGCACCGGGGCGCCCACGGGGCCCCUGAAAAGGCGGUCACAGUCUCCCUACCCUUCAUACUUGUUGCCUCGAUUUCAAAAGAUCUUUCAUACUCAAGAAACAAAGUUUUAUUAUUUUAACAAAUGGAGCUUUGGUUACUGGCUUUGUAUUUUUCAAUAAAGGAAGCAAGAACA